AUAAUAGUCCAAGCAGUCGCCAAUUGUACAAUUCUGAACCCUCUCGUAUAAACCCCUUCUCACGAAAUGGAGUUUGAUCCGAGUAUUGCGGGAUAUUCCACCUCAGACGAGUCGAGCUUUGCUUAUACUUCUGCUCGUGAUCGGUGGCCGAGCAUUUUGCGAGGGGCGAUUGCCGAUAUUUCCGUCUCAUCCGCCACCUUAAAGGAUCCUGAGGCUAGCGCUGAAGCGGGGGUAAUAAUCGAGCAAUUUCGAGAAUUGGAGGCGGAGAUCAAGUCGGACGGGAAAUUGACGCCACUAUGGGAUGAUGGAUCUCCGGACAUUGCUGACUACAACGAUGAACUCGCUCAAAGAGAUCCUACCUGGCUGAAUGUGUUUUGGCUGUUUGGGGAAUGUUACCUGUACAGAAGAAUCAAUACUUUUUUCUCACGUUCUUCGAAAUGGAAAGGCUAUGACGUCUUUGCACGGCAGAAGAAGUCUACAUGCCAGUCUUCGAAAACGGCAAUUGUCGAGCUGGCUAACAGGUACAAGGCCAUUGUCAAUAAUCCUAGUCCUAACCACAGCGAGUUGGAGGCAUUUCGCUUCAAGGAAAUGUGUGAAAUAUGUCUUUGGGGAAAUGCCACUGAUCUUUCCCUUCUCACAUCCCUGACAUAUGAGGAUAUCCAAAAGCUGCAGGGGUCUGCGGCCAGAAAGGCUCAGGAGAAAAACAUCCUUGUCAAUGAUAUUCCCGCAGCAUACGAUGUUUUGAACGAGGUUCGGGGGGAAAGGGGGACUGGAGGAAGAGUGGACCUUGUACUGGAUAAUUCUGGCUUUGAGCUAUACGUUGACCUUCUUCUGGCCGGCUAUCUUCUCUCAACUGGACUUGCAUCAAAGGUGAUUCUUCAUCCGAAGUCAAUGCCAUGGUUUGUAUCGGAUGUGGUGGCCGCCGAUCUCACAGAUCUACUCUUGGCCUUGUCGGAACCGGAAAGCUUCUUCGAGGAGCAAAAUAGCAAGAAUCUACGGAAUACAGAGCAUGUUCUGACCGAAAGUGAGAAAACUGAUCUCAAAACCUUAGGCACGCAUUGGACCGCCUUCCAAAAAUCCGGAAAGUUGAUCUUACAAGAAGAUCCCUUCUGGACCACCGCAGGAAGCUAUUGGCGAUUGCCCCACAAAGCUCCUGCUCUGUUUGAGGAGCUCAAAGAAAGUGACUUGGUCAUUUUCAAGGGUGACUUGAAUUACCGAAAGCUCACUGGUGAUGUGAAAUGGGACUCAACGACCUCAUAUUCCAAAGCAAUAGGACCUCUCGGGCUAGGAUCAGGUGUGCGUACCUUGGCCUUACGGACCUGUAAGGCCGAUGUCGUAGUUGGCUUGGCCGAGAAUCAAGAUGAACAAGUUCAGCGUGAGCAUGGUAGCGACCUAGACACCAAAGCACGUACCUGGGCAUGGACGGGAAAGUGGGCAGUGGCUUCGUUCAACGAUGGCAAAGCCGCAUAGGGGAUCAUUGAUCCAUUGACAGGUGAAACGAUGCUACAAUCCAUAGUUGAAUAACAAAUGGCGGCUUUUGACAUUUGGCCCAGGUCUCAUCCAUGGAUUGGUAAGAACGAUCAUGCCGGAUAAUAAUAUGUCUCAAAGGACCGAC